CUUUUAGUUAUAUACUUUAUGAUCAAGACCGGCUGGGCCUCGUGUUCACAUUGAAACAAUUUUUUUUCAAAGAAAUAAGUGAAGAGUAAUUUAAAAUACCAUCAUGACAGACAGUGACGACGAAAUUCCUCAGUUAAGUGAAUCAACAAUGGCUGCCUUACAAGAAUUUUAUGCAGAACGUCAACAAAGAGAAGAACAAAUUAGUAAAACGAUAAUAAACGGUGACAGUGAAACAUCUGAUAACAAUGUAUUUGAUGAAGAUUGGCAAUUAAGUCAAUUCUGGUAUGAUGAUGAAACGGUUAAUACAAUAACUACAGCAGCUCUCAAUAUUACUAACAAUGAUGGGAAAAUAGCUCUUAUUUCAUGUCCAACUUUAUAUCGAGCAUUAAAAAAAGAUGCAGGAAACAGACAGAUUAAAAUUUUUGAAUAUGAUCAAAGGUUUUCUGUUUAUGGAUCAGAUUUUAUUCCAUAUGAUUAUAAUUUUCCACUCCAUGUACCUGAAGAAAUGUCUAGUGGUUUUGACCUCGUGAUUGCGGAUCCACCAUUUCUAUCAGAAGAAUGUCUUACAAAAACUACUGAGACGAUUAAAUUUUUAUCAAAAAAAAAUAUUGUUUUAUGUACAGGUGCACUAAUGGCUGAUACAGCAGGAAGACUUUUAAAUGUUAAAAAAUGUGACUUUCAACCGCAUCAUAAAAAUAAUCUAGCAAAUGAAUUUUCAUGUUUCGCUAAUUUUGAUUUUGAUGCAUCGAUAAAAAAAUAAACACUUGUUUUUUAUUGAUAUAUUUAUGUAUAAUAAAUAAAAAAAAAAACUUUCGUUCAAUUUAUAAUUUUGAAUUCGAAGACUUGUGAUAAUCUUUUGCAAGUUCGACAGCAUACUGAGCAGUUCCUGGUGCUGUAGAAACUCCAUAUCCACCAUGACCAUAAUUAUGAACGACCUGUUUUAUUUAAAAAAAAAAUUCGUUGAUUGGUGGUUUUUUUUUACAGCACUUAUUUAUAAUAAUUAUUAAUAAUCUGUUAUGAUAAACAUUGGAGUGGUCCUUAUGAAGGUCACUUUUGAAUUUUAAUCAUUUCGCCCCUUCAGACUCUUCCACAUAAUUAAAAAGAAAUUCUUGUAAAGUUGUA